AAAUGAGAACUGUUGGCGUUGGCAGCAGUGCCUGUUUGUGUUUGGUAUUUCGGCAGCAGAAAGUUAUUUUAAGUUUCAAAAUAGGUUAGUCCGAGAAGUUGUUAGAAUUGACUGAAAGAAAAUGAAGAUAGCUGUUGAAGGUUGCGCUCACGGGGAGCUGGAAAAAAUCUAUGAUACAAUUGCAUUUUUAGAAGAGAAAGAUGGAGUUAAAAUUGAUCUACUUAUUUGUUGUGGAGAUUUCCAGUCCACCAGAAACACGCAAGACCUAAAUUGUAUGGCUGUUCCGCAGAAGUAUCGCGAUAUUUGUACCUUUUAUAAGUACUACUCUGGUGAGAAACAGGCUCCCAUUCUGACAAUAUUCAUUGGAGGAAAUCAUGAAGCCUCAAAUUACCUAAGUGAGCUGGCUUACGGAGGAUGGGUGGCCCCCAACAUUUUCUACCUGGGCUACGCAGGGGUUGUUCAAAUUGCUGGAGUCCGUAUUGCUGGUUUAUCUGGUAUUUUUAAGGGCCGAGAUUAUAAAAUGGGCCAUUUUGAAAAAGCCCCCUUUUCCACCAACACAAUUAGAAGUGUGUACCACAUUCGCAAUCUGGAUGUAUUCCGCCUCAAGCAGCUCUCUGGAGGCCUUGAUAUUGCUCUCUCCCAUGAUUGGCCCCGUGGAGUGUAUCACCAUGGCAAUCUCAGGCAGCUCCUCAGAUUCAAACCAUUCUUCCAGGAUGAAAUCAAAAGCAAUAGCCUAGGCAGCCAACCCACAGAGGAACUACUUCAUCACCUAAAACCUUCAUACUGGUUUUCUGCUCACUUGCACUGCAAGUUCUCUGCCCUCAUCCGUCAUAUUUCUGAAGAUGAUUCUCCUUCCAAAUCAACAAAAUUCCUAGCCCUUGACAAAUGCCUUCCAAAUAGAAGAUUCUUACAAAUUUUGGACAUAGCACAUCAAGAAGAUAAAGAAAUUACUCUAGAGUAUGAUUUGGAAUGGUUGACAAUAUUGUCACUUACAAAUCAUCUCCUGUCUAUUAAACAGUCUUUUAAUUAUAUGCCAGGGCCAGGGAGCAAAGAAAGGUGGAAGUUUACACCUACAAAAGAAGAGAUGGACUUUGUUUUCAAAAAAUUCUCAGGAAAUCUUAAAAUACCUUUAAACUUCAGUCAAACUGUGCAAGCAUAUAGUUCUUCUGACCGGUCUGGUAAUAAACAACCUGCUGCACGGGUAAAUCCCCAAACUAUGGCAUUCUGUGACCGUCUAGGCAUUGAUGAUCCCAUAGCACUUUUGUUGCAAGGUGAGGGAAAAUAUCCUUCGAGCUAUGGAUCUGUUUCAAGUAUUCAAGAUCCCAUACAUCCAAAUAAUGAUUUAUCUGAGGAUAAAAGUGUGAGCACUGGUUCUAAUGAGUGCCUAGCCCCAAAACCAAGGCUACAGGGACUCAAGCUACCUAGCCCUAAGAUGUCCUAUGAAACACCAGCAUCAGAUAGCUCAGAAAACACACCAGUGAUAAACUCAACCACAUCAGAAGAUAAUUUUUCUCAGUCAGAAAACCAGGAGAAAAUAUUAGAUUCAGAACCAUCUGCUAACAAUCCAAUUAUUGAGUCAAGGGUGCCUUCAGGACUUGGUGUGGAAGACCUAGGUAGUCAAGGCCCAAUGGCCAAGAAGUUUAAAAGAAGAAAUGCAGCUAUGUAUAUGUCAGCUGAUGAUGACUGAAUUACAAUUAAAUAAUUUCUAAAGGAAGCAAAGUCUUGAGACGAACACUUUUGUAAUCUUCCUGGAAAAAAUAAAUUGCUCAGCUGUUGGUUGAGCUAGCUUA